CCCCCCCAGCGGGGGCGCGCGGCCCCCGCCCGUCGCCCCCGCCGUCGCCCGCUGCGCCCCCGCGGGCCCCAAAGGAUCGCCGGGCGUCAUGUCGAACCCCCAUGGGCUGGCCGAGCUCAGCCACUUCGGCUCCAUGCAGCGCGUGGGCGGGAAGGCGGCUGGUUUCAUCAACAAGAAGUUCUUCCACCCCUCGUCGUUGCGCAACCAAGAGAAGUUGUGGCAAGCGCAGUCUGCGGACGAGAGGAACCAGAAGAAGCAGAAGGAGCUGGCGCAGCGAAGGGAGGAGGAGCUGCAGGUCGAAAGCCUCCGCAAGCAGAUGUACCUUUCAGGCCAGGGCAAGGCCAGCGACCUGAAGACCACCGGAGCUGCGGCGGAGGCCGCCCUGAGGCAGGACGGCGGCUCCAAGGGCGAGCAGUGGGAGGCCGCGGCGGAGCAGAAGCGGCGGCGGCAGCUGCUGCAGAAGGCGGCGAACGAGGAGGACCAGUGCCCCCCAGAGAUCCGACGCUCCAAAAAGGUUGGAGCGGCGGCUCCCGCUUUUUUGCCUCCUCGGCCUCCUCUGCUCCGCCUCUCGUGGUUGUUUUUCCCACCUGUCGGGGUACUUCCAGGCGCAGCCAGCCAUCCUGGGUGACGCCGGCGUGUCGCGCAUCUGCCGGCAGACCCGCGUC